AUGCACAGGCUCUUCUUCUGCGCUCUGCUCAUUACUGGACUGGCACAGCUGUGCUGCAGGGCGCAGGACACUGUGCCAUCAGACACGACCCCGGAACACGGGCCUGGAGAAGCAUCACAAGUGCGGAAACAAGUCUGUCACUGGCCCUGCAGAUGUCCUCCUCAGAAGCCCAGUUGUCCUCCUGGGGUGAGCUUGGUGAGGGAUGGCUGUGGAUGCUGCAAAAUAUGUGCCAAGCAACGAGGAGACUUGUGUAAUGAAGCCGACCUCUGCGAUCCACACAAAGGGUUGUACUGUGACUACUCGGCUGACAAGCCUAGGUACGAGACAGGAGUGUGUGCAUAUCUUGUGGCUGUCGGAUGUGAGUUCAACAGGGUCCAUUAUCAGAAUGGCCAAGUAUUUCAGCCCCACCCACUGUUCAGCUGCCUCUGUGUGGGUGGCGCUAUUGGAUGCACACCCCUCUUCAUACCGAGACUGGCUGGCAGCAACUGUUCUGCAGCUGAAGGUGUAAGGAGACCUGGUACAGCCAACUGUGGCCUGGGACCACUGCAACAGGGGCACUCAGCAGGCUACAGAGCAGUGCCAGCUUACAGGAACCUCCCGCUUACGUGGAAAAAAAAAUGCCUUGUGCAAGCAACCAAGUGGACUCCCUGCUCCAGAACGUGUGGAAUGGGAAUUUCUAACAGGGUAACCAAUGAAAACAGCAACUGUGAAAUGAGAAGCGAGAAGAGGCUAUGCUAUAUCCAGCCCUGCAACAGUGAUACAUCAGAGGCAGUGAAGAUCCCCAGAGGGAAAACCUGUCAACCCACUUUCCAACUCUCCAAAGCUGAAAAACUCGUUUUCUCAGGAUGCUCAAGUACUCAGAGUUACAGACCCACCUUCUGUGGGACAUGCCUGGAUAGGAGGUGCUGUGUCCCCAACAAAUCUAAAAUGAUCACCGUUCAGUUUGACUGUCCCAACGAGGGGUCAUUUCAGUGGCGGAUGCUCUGGGUCACAUCUUGUGUGUGUCAGAGAAACUGCAGAGAACCAGAAGAUAUAUUUGCUGAGCUCAGGCUUCUAUAG